AUGUACUUAGCUCAUCCAAAUCAUCAUGAUCAAUUUUCACCAACAACAACUACUUCAUCAUAUCUAUUAUCAAAUACAAAAUUUGUUGAUACAUACAAUAAUAGAACACUUUUAAAUCAAUCUCAACAAAAUCUGCUUCAAACAUCCGCACCCAAUAAUCAAUUCCAAUUAUAUGAUCCAUUUGAAGGAAGAAUAUCAAAACAACAACCAAGUUCAUCAACUGAUUCAAAUUCAUCAAAUAUGAUUCAUGAAAAAUUAAAAAAAUUACAAACAAAAGAUUCAAUUGAAUUAAAAACAAACGAUUUGAAAUUUCAAUAUAAACAACAUUUGAUUGAAUUUUUAAAUUUUAUAAUUGGUAAGUACAAAGAAUUUGAGCACAAUCUCAAAAUAAAUGGAUUUUUAUAUAAUGAUUCAUUAGAAAGAAAUUUAGUGUUUUUAAAUUUAGUUAAAUUAAAUAAUGGGUAUAAGAAUUUAAUUAUGAACUUAUUAAAUAAAUUAAAUUCCAUUAGUACAUGUAUUGAUAAAAAUUUAUUAAGUUGUAAUAUUUUUCAAUUAGUUUAUAAUUCAUCACUAGAUCAAUUCCCAAUCGGUUUUUUAGUAGUUGAUUUUUUCACAAAUGAAUUUAAAUUUAAUUUAUUAAGUUAUUAUUAUAAAUUAAACUUUAUAAUGAGUCAAAAUUUCGAUUUAGAUCAAAAUUGGUUAUCAGUCCCAAUUGAAAUUUGGUUUAAGUUACCUUCAUUUAUAAAAUUGAUUCAUGAUGAUGUCAAAAUUUUAUACCCUCACCAUCAUCAAGAUUUACAAAUUUGUCUUAUUAAGUUAAACUCAAUAAAUUCAAAAUUCAAAAUAGUUGAUGUUUUGAAAAAUAAAAAUCCUAUCACUAGCUGGAGUGAUUUAAGUCAGGUUGAUAAUUUAUUGCAAUUGAAAUUUCCAGAUUAUUGUGAUUCCACUUAUAAAAGUAUACCAGAUGAUUUUAACAAUAAACCAUUAAGUACUUCAACCAGUAUUGUCAAAAGAAGUUUUUCAUUAAAUGAUGUAAAAGAAGAAACCCAAGUAUAUAAUGAAUCAACCACUGAAAAAGUAGAACAACCACCAAAAAGAUCUAAAUCAUUAAAACAAAUAUCAUUAUUCACAAUAAAAAAGGAUGAAAUACCACCAUUACCAAUUCUAGAAACACCAACAAAAAAUCAAACAAUCCAACAUCAAGUUACAAUCUUAUUACAAUUUCGUAAAAAAUUACAAAAUUUAGGUAACCAACUUAUUGAAUUUUUAAAUUUACAAUUAAAAUACGUUAAAUUAUGGCAAAAUUGUGUAUCACCUCAACCAACAACAAAUUCACCAUAUAUAAAAUCCAUAUAUCAAUUAUACACCGAAAAAUUAAAAAAUCAAAUUCUUUUCACUAAUGAAACAAUAAUACCACACAUUCACUUGAAAUUAGUAACUCCAAUUAAUGAAUGUUUGUCAAUUAUAGAUAAAGGAGUAGUUGAUUUACAACAUUUAUGUCAUUUUAUUGAACUUAUAGUCAAACAAUAUAAUCAGUUGUAUUGUGAUUGGUUGGAAGGUAUUAUUGGAUUUUCAUCCAUCAAGGAAUAUGAAAAAUUGUAUUAUCAAAAUUGUGCUAAACCUAAUGGUGAUGAUAUUAUUGUUUAUUAUAAUCAAUUAUUGGGAUUGAAAAAUUUGAUGUCCUAA